AUGGUUGAUGUCUGCAACACAAAUACCUUAAAUUGCCUGAAUAAUGGACAGUGUGCUGUGGAUACUAUUCUAAAUACGACUUAUUGCGAAUGUGCUUCCUGCUAUGGCGGGUCUGUUUGCGAGCACACUAUUUCAAGCCAGUCACAGAUUGAUACAAUUUACGUCUACUUAAUCGUCUCUAUAAUUGGACUAUUCGUCUCACUUUUGAAUAAUAUUCUCGGUCUCGAACUAUUCAUCGGCUGCAGUCGAGUUCGUCGUACGAACUGUGGCAUUUAUUUAAUCGUUUAUUCUAUUGUAUCAAUUCUAUCGAGUAUUUUAUUUGCAGUGAAUCAAAGUGUGAAAUACUAUCUAGAUAAAAUACCGAAGAGCGAUCUGAGUCAUUAUCCUCCAUACCAAUGCUACUUCGCUAAAAUAGGUUACAAUGCACUCGUCUAUGUGUGUAUAUGGCUUAGUGCGUGUAUUGCAGUUGAACGUGGUUUAAUUGUAUCUUGGAAUAGUAAAACAAAUGCGACUCGGUGGCGAUCCAUUUGCACCAUUAUAUUUCUCUCUGCAGUAGCUUGUGGUUCGAUUACACCAAUGAUCAUAUACAAGUGUGAUUGGGGCAAUAUACCGAGUUUACAGACAAUGCGCCUGAUUUUAGUUUGGUUUAGCACUGUCGCAGGUCUAUCAACAUAUGUACUCGCAAUCUUGUUAAUUUUAAUUAGUUUUGCACGCCGUAUACGUCGAUACGGAACGGAGAAUGGAUCGUUCAUAAAAACAUAUCUUAAACUAUUUUACAGUCAUUUAUUCAUUUUUAUACCACCGAUUGCGUAUGCCGUCGGCUAUAUUCCUUAUACUAUUGUCAACAACACGCAGGAUACUAACCAAUUGUAUUUUCAAUGUGGUAUUUCAAUGGUAGAAUUCAUUGUGAAGGUCUUGAUAGAAUCACUACAGGGGGUACCACCUGUUUUAACAUGGUUACUCUUUAUUUACCCAUCGAAAGUAUAUAUGACGGAAUAUUAUAUGAACACAUGGUCAGGACAACGUUUGGCCAGAAUUGUUAUGUUCUUCCGAGAAAAUCAUGAGAAAAAGCACAAUGUUUGCCCUACUACUAUGGACCUCAUAAAUGAUGAACGAUCGAGAUUGAACUGGUCUAGAUUUAUGAUGACUGGGACGGGCCUAAUUAUGUCACCCCGAAGAGAACUGACUCAAAUGCCGGUUCGGCCGGUGGAGGGAUAA